ACUUGCAAACGUCAAAUUUUGGACAAUCAUCCGGAAAAACAACAGGAAAGGAAACACUUUGAACAUUUUAGACAAUCAUUCAACAGAGUGAAAAUAAAGUCAAAAGAUAUAAUGUCUGGAAGUGAUAUUGCGGGAAUUGAACUCACCAGUGGACCGACCGGUCUGAAGAGCAGGAUCCUUGUGAGAAACCUACCGAUUUGCACCCGCCAGGAGCUGGCUUACCUCUGCUUGCCCUUCGGCGAAAUCCUUGGCUCGCUGGUCGACAAUGACCAUGGGUUUAUCCAGUUUGCUAGGGAGAGCGAGGCCAAGCUCGCCAUAGAGGCGCUCGACCAUACUACCUUCAAAUCGAAGGUUAUCCUUGUUUCGAGCGCCAGCUUUCGUUCACUCAUGGCCAUUUCCUUAGGCCAUGCUCCCCCGGCGCCGAUGAUGAUCGAGUGGUCUGAUGAGGAUGACGUCGAUGAGGACGAUGAUGACUCGGAAAGCGAUGACGAAGAUGGCCAUGUCUACACGCAAAUGCAUUAUGCAGAUUUUCUAUGAGCACUCUCAAUAAAGUGUAUUA